CAAUAAAUGAUGGUAUGAGUUCAAGGUGAGUUUUUUGUCAUAUUAUUUUGAUUUGUCGAGGGAAGGCAACAUGUCAACAUGGAAGGCCAUACUUAAAUUUAAGUGCUUUCAUAGGCUUAGUGCCCUUAUAAUAUAUCUCCUUAUUGGGGCUGCUAUAUUCCAAAAAAUUGAGAAGACAGAUGAACCGAAUAAAGAUGUUGCACAACGUAUUUUCAAAGCUACACAAAACAAGCUCUCUCUUCGACUGGGAGUUAACAUCAGUGAUGAAGUUUUUAUGAUGGCAGCAGAAGACAUUGCAAAGGCGGCAGUGAUUCGGAAUAAACCAGAUUGGACGUACUGGAGGGCAUUUGAUUUUGUAUUUAUUGCUAUAAGCACGAUAGGGUAUGGAGACAUUGUUCCCGAAACAACAUUAGGUCGAGGAGUGCUCAUCAUCUAUGCCCUGAUUGGACUUCCCAUUGUCAUGGUUACAAUGAAUGGCACGGGAAAACUCUUGUCGAAUAUUAACAUGAGAACUAUCAUAGCUAUUGAAAAAAGGCUCCUGAAGAAGGAAGAACACGUGUAUUUGAACAUUAAGUGUUAUACAUUUUCACUUGUCAGUUUCGUUACCUCUAUCUUAAUUACAGGGGCCGUUUUUGCGCAUACGCACGAGGUCUCAUACAUUACAGGUCUCUAUGCUUCCUUUGUUACACUCACAACUAUUGGUUUUGGCGAUUUUCGCUUUCGUGCACCCUCAGAUUCCUCGGCUUUUGCUGUUACAGAAGUGCCACUAACACUUUUGUCUCUGACGAUAGUUUCGUGUAUAUUUAACACAUCCGUCGAAUUAGCAGGUCAAAUGCAUAAUCAAAUCAAGGCCGGUUGUGAUGCACAGCAUAACCGCGAAGAGGACACGCCUGCGACUCGUAAUGAACUGACAUUGGAGGAUGUGAUUAGUGUUAAACCUGCAACAUAAGCGUUAUAUUUUCAUCGUCCGAGGUCAUCUCUGGAAAACCUUGCAAUUUCUAGCCUCUCCGAGAGACUUUGGACCGAAGAAACCCAUAAGGUGCGUUCCCUUCUAGAAUUCACCGAAAAAGAUCGCGCACUUUAAUAAAAGGUUGUCAAUGUCAUGUAAAUAUUAUAUAAGUGUCCAAAAUGAUGUAAAUUUGAUGUAAAUAAUUUACAUCAAAUCUACAUCAUUUCGUACAUUUGGUGCGCGGUUUUUUCAAGUAAUUUUUCGGGCUCAAACUAGGAACGCCUCGCUGCACAGGCUAAUAGAGCUAUAGGGUUAAAAACCUAGUGGAGGUCUUCCAUUGAAAUUCAAAACCAAAGAGCCGAUUUACACAGCUACUUCCAAUGAGGUUUGACGAGGGACUGGUAGCGAGAACGCUCAUUUCGUUUGGAUCUUUAUUUCUUUUU